UAUUGGAGAGCUAGCAGCGUUCUUUUUCUUUGCACUCGUAUGGAAGGGUGAUAGGAGGGUAGUUUCAAUUCCAUUCGAUAAAGUGAUGCUGGCGUUGAAAUUACGUUUUAAACUUACCGUCUGACCGUACUGUACAAUGGCAGAAUUCGAAUUAAAAUUACUAAAAGUGAAUAUAGAGGGAUCAAAUGCUAAUGUUAGCAACCAUGAUUUAGUUCUCAAGACUGACAUAGAAGAAGUAGGAAAUGCUAUCACGUCCGCUGCAGGUGAAAUAGCUCCAGACAAAUGUUUGGAGUCAGUUCUUUCCUCAGCUCAGCCAACCGCCUCUACAUCUUUAUACGUUGCUGCAGAGUCCAUUAUUGGGCAUACGCCAUGGGUCAAAAUAAAUGAAAUCCAAGCAAAUAAUGUUCUGGCAGUUUCUGUUCCAAAACAAUAUGGAGAAAAAUUCAACAAAUUGAUUACUGAUGGAAAAAUAACUCGAAAGGUGAAAAGCGAUUUUGAAGAUCUGGAUACGACAGUGAUGAGAAUUCCUGGAGCGAACCCUAAGAAACAAAAAGAAAUACUUGAUCUCAUUGAUGAAGUCAGAAUUGAAUCUAUUGAAAUAUGGGACAAAGGGUCUGAAGAGUUGAAUUAUACAGCAGGUGAAAUUAUAGAAGGAAAGAACACCGAUACAAUAACUAACAAACACACCGUAGUUAUUGGAGAUGGUGAAGGAUGCGUGGUUGGAACACUAAUGAAAAAAGGCUCAGAUGUGAAACGGACGAUACAGGGUGGAACCACAUUAGUUGUCGGUGGACUUAAAGGAAAAGAUCUUGAAAAGGUUCUAGAGACCUACGAGAAAAUACGCUUCAACUCCAAUGCAGUGCAGAAGGCAAAACAAAUCGAGGACAGGUCCGAUGCAGCGCAGAAGUUGAAACAAAUCGAGGACGGGUCCAAUGUAGCGCAGAAGUUGAAACAAAUGAAGGACGUGUCCAAUGCAACACAGAAGGUUAAACAAAUCGAGGACGUGUCCAAUGCAAAGCAGAAGGUGAAACAAAUCGAGUACGAGUCCAAUGCAACGCAGAAGAGGAGACAAAUCGAAAACGCCAGAGAUCUGUAGUUGAUAAUUCACAGCUUCUUGAUUAUCAUUGAAUAUUUCCGAAUUUCAGUUUUAUUUUACUCUUUCAGUCUUUCCUAUAUUUUAGUAGUAGCACGUGGUCUUUCGUGAGAUGAUAAGUAUGAAAUUUAUUUAUUCAUGGUAAACACUGCACUCACGAAAACCGCAAUUUUUUGUUCAUGUUGGAUUGCUCAAAUCUUGAUUAUCAGCACCUUCAAAUGCAUAUUACUUGAAGGGAAGUGUGUUACAUUAACAAUUAAUUACAAUUAAAUUAACAAUUUUAUCAAGUUCAAAUGCAUAACCUUGAUUUCUUUAAUUUUAUUUAUCCCAUGUUGACUGACUUUAAUAAUAAAAUUUUAUUUAUGCAAUACCAUAAUUUUUUAAUUACCCAGUAUAGAAUGAAUAUUGAAAUCUAAUUGAUAUUAUUUCGUAAAAUUUGUUGUGGUCUAUAUGUAUGUUUCACUGUAGUUUGUUCACACAUCAUGAUAACGUUUCUGUUAAAUUACUGUCAAUAAUUCAUUGGCUUUAAGAUAGCUAGUGUACACUGGAUCGUGUAACAGUGUGUAGCAAAUAUGGGGUGUUACUAUGGACGUCAAUUUCACUUAACCCCAUUUGUAUUAUUAGCAUGUUGAAUUUUAUAAAACUAGGUUAUUCUGGCCUGUUUCCUUAAUGGUGAUUUAUUUGUACAAGCCUUAUGCGGUGGCGCGAUAUGUGCUGAGAAGAUUGAUGAGGGUUUUCGACCUCCAUUCGAGAAUUGAGAAUAAUAGUGUUCUUCAUGUACUUUGUAUCAAGAAUUAAGUUUGUAUUUCAUUAUAUCUGUUGUUUG